UUUAAUUUCCAAUUAUUCUUUCACAAGUUUUUGUUACCUCGUACAGAUCGAGUCAUACUUUAUUUUUUCGAUAUAAUUAAGGAACAAUGUCCAUCAUCACCAAAUCUAUUAAUAUUGCAUGUGGGGUUUUGCCUAGGCUCAAUAUUACUAACAAGCCCUCCUAUAUGUCCGGAACUCGAAUAUUCUUUUAUUCUUCGUCUUCUUCACAUUUCGUUUCUGCAAAUAAUCGUAAUCAACAUGUUUUUCGGAGAGCGAAACAGUACGGCGCAAGUCGAAGGAGAUUUGUCGUACGAAGUGUUGUCGGACCAGGAUCUCCGCCGCCAACAGAGCCUCCUUACAACUUCAUAAAUUGGGCUGUGGGGUUUGCAAUGACAGUAGUUAUACCCUUCUUCACACACAAAUGGACAUCACUUCUCAAACUCAAGAAUGAAGUUGAAACGGCGGUGGAAGCGGUAGAAGGAAUAGUGGACGCGGUGGAGAAAGUGGCGGAGGGGGUGGAGAAAGUGGCGGAGGACAUAGCCGAAGAUCUCCCGGAAGGCGGCCGGCUUAGAAAAGCCGUCGAUUUUAUCGAACAUGUGGCCGAAAGAGCGAAUAGGGAUGCUCAUUUAGUCGGAGACUUCAUCGAUAAGGUUCAAGAAGUGGAAGACAAGGUGGAGGAUUAUGUAGAAUCAUUGGCUGAAGAUGCCAUAUUCGGCCAUCAGCAUUCUUCCAAACAAAAGCAAGAAGAAGAAGAAGAAAAAGUUCAAGAGAUACCUAGAGAAUAAAUUAAUUAGCUAUUAAUUAAUGGCUCAA